CAGAUGUGGGGAGCACACUCCCGUCUGUGGCGAAAGGGCGGCGGUGGUUUGAAGCCGAGAAAGAGGGAGAUGAGGAGGAAUAUGUCGGUGUGAGGACGUCUCUUUGUGCUCACGACAGCGAAACUCAUAUCGCCAGGUGUGUCUCCUCAGCUACCUCCUAGCCUUAUUCUUCUCACCUUUCCCACCACUGUCGAGGUAGCCAUGGCGACCAGUGCACUGCCAAGUGACAACCUGCCAACGUACAAGCUGGUGGUGGUGGGGGAUGGUGGUGUCGGGAAGAGUGCUCUGACCAUCCAGUUUUUCCAGAAGAUCUUUGUGCCGGACUACGAUCCCACGAUAGAGGACUCGUAUCUGAAACACACAGAGAUAGACGGGCAGUGGGCCAUACUGGAUGUGCUGGACACAGCGGGCCAGGAAGAGUUCAGUGCAAUGAGGGAGCAGUACAUGAGGACAGGAGACGGAUUCCUCAUCGUCUUCUCUGUGACGGACAAGGCCAGCUUUGAACACGUCGACCGGUUCCAUCAACUCAUACUACGGGUCAAAGACAGGGAAGCAUUCCCCAUGGUGCUUGUGGCAAACAAAGUUGACUUGGUCCAUCUGAGAAAGAUCACCAACGACCAGGGCCAAGAGAUGGCUGCCAAACACAACAUAACUUAUAUUGAAACCAGUGCCAAGGAUCCUCCAAUGAAUGUGGACAAAGCCUUUCAUGAGCUGGUCCGUGUUAUAAGACAACAGGUGCCCGAGCGAAACCAGAAGAAGAAAAAGAAGAUGAAAUGGAGAGCAGAGCGUUCAGCGGGUACCCACAGGUUCCACUGCGCCAUAUUGUGACCUCCCUCAUCCUGUUUACCAUUCGUAACACCCACACACACAUCCACACGCACGCCCACGUACCUUUGGAUGUCAGGGAACUCCCCAGCAGUGGUUAACUACUGGAGCACAAAAGGGAGGGGGAUGCCUGGAAGGAGGAGUGAAUCUCAAAAUGUGGGACUCUUCACAAAGCCUUUGAAUGAGUGCUGUACCCUCUCUCCUCAAUUUAUGGUUCCUUUUUUAAGGUCUAUAAAUCCCUCCCCUCCUCUAUUCCACACAGAACAGUUUCACAAUGAGGUGUCAUUUAUUUUUUCAUUUCAAAUGAGCCACUAGAUGAAGGAAUCUGGGGGGAAAUGAUAUUGGAACUUUUGUCUUCUUGAAAAAGGACGAAAUAGGGAGGACCCGGCUCAUUUGCGCCUCGUUCUUUUUUUAAGAAGUAACUCCUGACAAAUGGUUCCCACCUUUUAAAUCCUCACACUCCUACGAUAUCUGGAAGAAAAGCACCUGUGUGAUUUUUAGAUAUGUUAUCAUAAGGGCAUAGUGGAAGAACAUGAGUGCUGUUGGUCAAUUUUAGGGAGUCACUAGGCGGUGUCGGCUGGCAAACAGUGAGUGUGGCGGGACACUUUGCCGUCAUGCGAUGCUCUGGUUUGGGGAAUGUCAGUUCAGAGAGGGACGGAAGGAUGUGUCGAAGCAAGCGAAAGAAGGGGACGUGAUUAGAUAACGUGUUUCAUAUCGGUCCACAGGUGAGCUCUGUGGUCAUAUAAGCGCGUGGAAUAAGUGUUUAAAUAUUGUAAUUGUAAAGGAGAGUGAGAUGGGUUAAUGUGGUUACAAUAUAACGUCAACAUAACAGGGUUUAUACCAACACUGAUGUAUCAGCGGCCAUGUUUACAGACUUUAUUAAUGGAUUAUUUCCUCAGCAUAAAAACACACACAAUAUAUCAGAGCCAUUUUUAAGUGUUUGAAAUAAUUAUUUAGGUUGCCUCUUCAGCCAUCAGCAAUGGCACGAGUGCAGUCUUUAUCAGUACUGUACGGACAAUAUCCCUAUUUGUCUCUUUUUUUAAAGUCUUAAAACAAGUUACUUUCCAUGUUUUUGUAUCAAAUAAUAUAGAAAAAAUACAGUUAUAUUUGUGAUAUUAAAACAUAUAAUCAUACGUGGCAAUGUAAACAAAUUCAAUGCUGUUUUACAAAGAGAUCUGUAGGCGAAGAUUAACAAAAUAUAAUAGAAAAGGGAUAAAGUGAGUGGCGUGUUUCAGAUCUGAAGCCGGCUGGAGAAGCUGAUUUGCACUGGCCACUAACCAAAAUAAUGUGAUGUCACUUUAUUUCAAUCUAGGGGGCUUUUUUCAGACCGCACCGCUGAAUUCAGGACAAUGAAUCAUGCUCAGCAAAGGAGAACACUCCUUUUGGAUACAUUCAUACUGUAGCCCUGGGAAUACAUCAGGCUGUGUGUGAGGCUCCGGGGGCUUAAAGCCAUUAAAACCUAGCUAAUUGUAGGAGAAGACACACUCUCCAAGCAACAAGACAUUGAGUAUAUCCAUGUCUGUCGUCGUGAGGUGGAUAGAAAUGUACAAUUGAAUAACCUAUGAAAUGGCUUGUACUGUUAACGCACUAAAAGUUUCGGUGGACAACUUUUUUCUGUCUGGAUGAAUACCGUCUCUUUGAGGAAAUACAUUUUUGCACUUUUAAUACAAUUUCAGACUUUCCUAUUUGCAUGUUGUUUUUUCUGUUCAAAAACCUGUAAGUGAAAUGAAAGGCACAGUAAAAAAAACAACAAAAAAAAA